GCUGCUGGGAGUGAGCAUCCCCCGUCAGGGAUACCCAGCUCCGCGGCAUCUCCUGCGCCCCAAACGGACCUGCCACCCCCAGGAAACAAAAGCAGAGCCCCCUCGCCCUCUCCUGCUGCAGCCGGAGAAUGAGUCGAGAGGGCUGAGCGAAGAGUGUGGUCCUCGGCGGCCGGCGGGGAAGCGAUGUCCUUGGCUUCUGUCCAUGACGAUUCCUGAUUUGUGGCUCUGGUAAUCUUGGGAAAACAGCAUCCAAUUUCUUCCAUCCAGAUUCUGGGGUCUACAUUUCCCUAGCAGCACCCUGACCCAGCCUGGUCGCAUUGGUCCAACCUUUUCCUAGGACACGCCAUUCAGCAAGACAUGCUGGUGAACCCCAACUCCGCAUCUUCAUGAUCAAGGGACCCUCUUACACAGCACAAAGCGCUCGGAAGGAGUGAAUGAAAUGUGCAACUCGGGGUGUCGUUUCUGAAAGGAGGAGUCAUAUUCUUGAAGAGGAGUCCUCAAUGAGCCUGGCCAAGGCCCGGGAUCUGUGUGAAGUGGACUAAGGAUUUAGUAGGAUGUCAACUGAGACAGAACUUCAAGUAGCUGUGAAAACCAGCGCCAAGAAAGACUCCAAAAAGAAAGGUCAGGAUCGCAGUGAAGCCACUUUGAUAAAGAGGUUUAAAGGUGAAGGGGUCCGGUACAAGGCCAAACUGAUUGGAAUUGAUGAGGUUUCCGCAGCUCGGGGAGACAAGUUAUGCCAAGACUCGAUGAUGAAGCUCAAGGGCGUUGUUGCUGGCGCUCGUUCCAAAGGAGAACACAAACAGAAAAUCUUUUUAACCAUCUCCUUUGGAGGAAUCAAAAUCUUUGAUGAGAAGACAGGGGCCCUUCAGCAUCAUCAUGCUGUUCACGAAAUUUCCUACAUCGCAAAGGACAUCACAGAUCACCGGGCCUUCGGAUACGUUUGUGGGAAGGAAGGGAAUCACAGAUUUGUGGCCAUAAAAACAGCCCAGGCGGCUGAACCUGUUAUUCUGGACUUGAGAGAUCUCUUUCAACUUAUUUAUGAAUUGAAGCAAAGAGAAGAAUUGGAAAAAAAGGCACAAAAGGAUAAGCAGUGCGAACAAGCUGUGUAUCAGACAAUUCUGGAAGAGGACGUUGAAGAUCCUGUUUACCAGUACAUUGUGUUUGAGGCUGGACACGAGCCAAUCCGUGAUCCCGAAAUGGAAGAAAACAUUUAUCAGGUUCCCACCAGCCAAAAGAAGGAAGGUGUUUAUGAUGUGCCAAAAAGUCAACCUGUAAGUGCUGUGACCCAAUUAGAACUUUUUGGGGACAUGUCCACCCCUCCUGAUAUAACUUCUCCCCCUACUCCUGCAACUCCAGGUGAUGCCUUUAUCCCGUCUUCAUCUCAGACACUUCCGGCGAGUGCAGACAUGUUUGGUUCUGUACCUUUUGGCACUGCUGCUGUACCCUCAGGUUACGUUGCCAUGGGCGCCGUCCUCCCAUCCUUCUGGGGCCAGCAGCCCCUUGUCCAACAGCAGAUUGCCAUGGGUGCUCAGCCGCCAGUCGCUCAGGUGAUGCCGGGGGCUCAGCCCAUCGCAUGGGGCCAGCCGGGUCUCUUCCCUGCCACUCAGCAACCCUGGCCCGCCGUGGCCGGGCAGUUUCCGCCAGCCGCCUUCAUGCCCGCACAAACUGUUAUGCCUUUGCCAGCUGCCAUGUUCCAAGGUCCCCUCACCCCCCUUGCAACCGUCCCAGCCACGGGUGACUCCGCCAGGUCAAGUCCACAGACCGACAAGCCCAGGCAGAAAAUGGGAAAAGAAAUGUUUAAGGAUUUCCAGAUGGCCCAGCCUCCGCCUGUGCCCUCCCGCAAGCCCGACCAGCCCUCCCUCAGCUGCACCUCAGAGGCCUUCUCCAGUUACUUCAGCAAAGUCGGGGUGGCACAGGAUACGGAUGACUGUGAUGACUUUGACAUCUCCCAGUUGAACUUGACACCUGUGACUUCUACCACGCCAUCGACCAACUCACCUCCAACCCCAGCCCCUAGACAGAGCUCUCCAUCCAAAUCAUCUGCAUCCCAUGCCAGUGAUCCGACCGCUGAUGACAUCUUUGAAGAGGGCUUUGAGAGUCCCAGCAAAAGUGAAGAGCAAGAAGCUCCUGAUGGGUCACAGGCCUCAUCCAACAGUGAUCCCUUUGGUGAGCCCAGUGGGGAGCCCAGUGGUGAUAAUAUAAGUCCACAGGCCGGUAGCUAGAUAGCACAGGUCUGGGAGCCGGAGCCUCUCUAUGCGCAGAUCAACAAAUGUAAGAAAUAGCGUCGAUGCGGGCUUGUGGCGGAUGCUUCAAGACUGGCAUGGAAAUCAGAUCGCGACAGGCUCUCUUGUAUUCUUUCACCUCUCGUCAUCCCACGAAGAAAUUCACGAUCGCCCAAUGGAACUCCUUUGGAAGAGGGAACUAAGGUUUUGGCAACCACUGGCAGAGGUCUAUGGCAGCACAAAAACAAACACACAGAAAUAUAAAAAACCAUCCCCAGCAUCAAAUCACAAAUCAAGCAAGUACGCACCCAACACAUGUUCCAGGCUCUCUUAGCAUGGGUUUAAGAUGACCCAGUAUGUGAAACCCGAAUUCUCUUUUUAUUUCUCAACCUGUUGACCACUGUAAAGACAUCUGAUUUGGAGUGACAGGCCUCAGAGAGGUACAUCAGGCUUGGCACUGACGUCAUUUAGGCGAAUGUAAGGUCUGUGUCACCGCAAGAUGCUCAUUCGUAUGCCUUUCCACAUAGGAUGGUGUAAUUACAACGCUCCGCAAGGCCUGGUCUGCCGGUUUCUCCCCUUUCCUUUAUUAGUCAUGUUUGAAAUUAAUGAGUGUACAAAUUUUUGUAUUGUUUUGACUUUUUUUAAGAUAUUGAUGAAGAAAUUCAAUUGGGAAAAAAGAAAAAAAAACCCAUAUGAAAUGAAUUCACUUGAAAUCAUCACAAGACAAAUAAGUGGCUGAUGAUUCUUUUUGAUUAAGAAUGUUGCCAAAACAACCCUUUAAGCUCUUCUGUAUCCUGGUGAAGAAAGACAGAUUUCGGUUUAACCUUCACUCUGUGAGUAGGAAAGGACAUCGAAUCCCAUUGAUGAGAAAGAUGAAAAGUACGUCUGAUUUCCUCAGAAGCUCUAAACUCUUUAAGUCCAAUAAAAUGAGAUUUUUUAUUUUUCCGAUAUCUUGCUGCUGUGAUGCUAUGCAGACAAGUGUCCUCUCCAUGUGCCAUUUUCAAAGAAAAGUCAUUUGCCAAAUACUUCUGGUACAAUCCUGGUAAUGUGGUUUGGGAUUUUAAAAAAUCGACUUGCUAAUGGAACAGUGGUGACAUGAAUAUUCAGAGUAACAAACUGAUUCUGUGGUCAUGAUGGUUCAUCUCUAUCUCUUUUUGUACAUCAGAAAAUUCAAAUGGGAUUUUUAUUUUAUAACUUAAAAAAAAAAACAAAAAACCUUACCAUUAAACUCUUUAAAUAUUUAAGGGAA